AUGGGCAAAAAAGUAUUCAAACCAGCUGUAUCCGACAUUGAUGCUGGCACCCAUCACGAACGUCUCUAUGAUAAAGCUCUUCACCCAUGGCGUGCAAAGUUACGACGCUCAUUGAUCCCACUGGUUCGGGCAGAGACUCCACACUUGGCUACCAUGCAGCGACUCGUACGAACACCUCUUCUCGAUCAGUACUUUUUGUGGACAGCCAACCUCGGCACUCAUACGUUUUUCAUGGUCUCGCUUCCUAUCCUUGUAUGGUUUGAUACAAUGUCCAUGGCAAAAAGUGUUGCAUGCAUGACAGCUUUUGGCGUCUUUUUAUCUGGUUUUGUAAAGGACUUUAUGUGCCUUCCUCGCCCUCUUUCACCACCCGUACAUCGGUUGAGCAUGUCCAAAUCAACAUCCCUUGAAUAUGGUUUUCCAUCGACGCAUUCGACAAAUUCAAUCUCCGUUGCUCUCUUUGUCGUGGCUGUGACAUGUGAAAGUGUGAGCCCUGAAGCACGCGCCCUCAUCAAGUUGGGUGCUAUUGUUUAUGCAGGAAGCGUUGUCAUGGGUCGUAUUUAUUGUGGCAUGCAUACCUUCACAGAUGUUGUGGGUGGUUCCAUUCUUGCCUAUAUCUUGUAUUGGUUCCAGUGGACAUUCAAAGACCAAUUCGACGGUUUAUUUACUGCAGAGACAAUCAUCCCUACGUUGAUUGCAGCAGCAAUAUGCCUUGCCUUGGUGGGAUUACAUCCAGACCCCAUUGAGAGAUGCCCAUGCUUUGAGGAUAGUGUUUGUUUUAUGGGUGUUCUUGUUGGCGUCUUCCCUGGUGGAUGGCUUUGCGCACAUUCAGAUUAUUGCACGAUGGGACAACAAACUUUGGCCUUGGUUCAUUCCUCAGCACCUAUAGCAGUCGCUAUUGUUCUUGCAAAAUUGGUUCUUGGCGUGGCAAGCUUAUUCCUUUGGCGCAUUGCAUGCAAAAGAGUGUGCUAUUUUAUCCUUCCACCCAUCUAUCGUGCAUUCAACCUACCUCAUAGAAAGUUUGAAAUUGGUGCCAGAGCCUAUAAAAGUUUAAACCGAGAAAGCAUUCAUCCUAUUCCCUCCGUGCUGGAUUUGCAUGAUUUGUCGGUCAAGCAUGCUGAGCAUGUAGGUAUUCAAUCCUCGAUUGAUUUGCAUGAAAAGAGAGCAUACGACAAGGUCCAAUAUCGUGGUGCCAAUGCGGAUGGAGAAGAAGGUGGCUGUGCUGGUGGCAACUGCAACGAACGUGGUGGUCGACACACGAAGGAUGUAUAUGAUCCAACAACCGAACUUGUAGCAGAAGAUGCACCCUUACGCUACGACGUGGAUAUUGUUACAAAGUUGAUUGUAUAUGCAGGCAUCGGAUGUCUUGCUGUAUUUGGUGUACCUUUGAUGUUCCAAUUUUGUGGUCUCAGCAGUUGA